AUGGACGAGCCUGGAGCCGCACAGGAGGCAACAAACAUUCCCGCGAACGCGAACCCAUCCCCUACGUGUCCAGAAGCGCAUACAACCAAUAAAAUAGAACCUGUAUGGAAGCUCUGCGAUGACAGGCCUCGAGUCAAGCAAGUCAAAAUCAAUGAAGAAGCUGCAGAGCACUCACGAAAAUACUUCGAAAACUUGGAAACCCUUCUCAAGAAACAUUCCAGCGAGGUCGUUUCGUGCAAGACCAGACUCAAGGAAAUUGCUGCAAUACACAAGCGCAAGAAAAACUGCGAAGUUCGCAUCGGCUUUCUCGGAAGCACUGGUACAGGGAAAAGUUCUUUGAUCAACGCCCUCCUCCAUAUGGAAGUUUUGCCGAGAAAUGAAGAGGUUGCGAGCACUGCAGUCCCCGUUGAAGUUUCAUACAACAUUGAUAACGAGCCUGAACAUCUCUUCAAAGCCGUCAUUGAAGGUAUCAGCAAGGAAGAAUUCACAAAAGAAGUGAAAAAUCUCUUUAAGAACAAAGAAAUCUACGAUAAAGUUCCUGCAGGAGAAGACGAUGAGGUUGAUAUCGAAGCUUAUCAACAAAUGCUCACCACUAUCGAAAAGAUUAAGUGGGUAUAUCCAUAUUUGCAAACCGUCGAUGAUAUCGACAAUACAUCAGCGGAGGUUCUUCUCAAUGAGCAGCACGUUCAAAAGAUGCUGGACUCCAAGGAGGAAGUGCAAGCAUCCUCGGAACCAUCAUUUGCUCGCGGUAUCAAAAAAUACAUCGAGUCGAGCAAGCCCAAGCAGGGAGAUAAAGCUGCAAUUUCCUUAUGGCCACUGGUCAAGGUUGUUAGAGUCUACGUCAAAUCUGAUAUUCUGAGGUGCGGAAUCAUUCUUGUCGAUCUUCCUGGUUCGCACGAUACAAGUGUGGCAAGAGUUGCCGUAGCCGACAACUACCGCAAGAAUCUCACUGCGUCGGUAGUUUGUGCGCCUGCAGUAAGAGCCGGCAGUGACAGAGUUGCUCAAGAGCUACUCAGUUCAGUUGAGCGGAGGAACAUGCAGCUGGAUGGUCUAUACACGAGCGAUUCGUUGUUCUUUGUCAUUACCAAGAUUGACGAUCUGAUGGAUUACAAAGCAUACAUCAGAGAUCAUGAGAACUUGCAGGACUCGAACAAAAAUGAUAUGCAGCGAAUUCGAGACAAGACGCAGAGUGUUUCAGAACUGAGAUGGGAGGUUGGCAAGAGAGAACCAAAGCUUCGGAAGAAUGUGGAAAACCUUGGUAAGAUGAAUAAAGCACACGAGAAGCUUGCCACUCGGGUUACCAAAAUCUUGGAAGACAUGGCUCCGGCUGGACACAAGCGAAAGCGCUUGGAUGAUGUUACAGGUACGGCAUAUAUUACCACUGCAAGCCCCAACAUCUGCCCUUACUCAUAUUUCGCAGCAUCCGACGAAUCUGAUCUCAAGGACACCCAGAAGGAUCAGAUCCAAAAGUUGCGAGCACUCACAGACAAGCGGUCAGAGCUUACUCCCAUCGUUGACAAAGAAGUGGGAGAUCUUUACACUCUCAACCAGAAAAUUCAGUAUCUACAAGAAGAAAUCCAACAAGCUAAGAGUAGAGUCACCAAGUCAUGCAUCCAGAAUCGUGCUCAGAUUCAUGUUGAAGCCGCCAGAAAUGAGUAUGAGAUAGCUAGACGAAUGAUGGGUCAACAAAAUUCUGAGAAGCCUUUGGAAGUCUUUAGCGUCUCUUCAGCCGCUUUCACUCGACAUUGUGGGGAGAAUGCAGAAGAAGCCAUAAGCAAAGGAUUCUCAACCAAAGCUGACACGGGAAUCCCCGCUCUUAGGGAUGCACUGAUCGGAAUGACAUGGGGGAUCCGCCAACAUAAUGCUCGAUCAUUCAAUGAAGAUGUUGAGAGCUGCCACAAUCGUAUGAAAUUGUGGUCAGCAGAUACUUCUUCCGAAUAUAAGAUGCUAGAGCAAGAGAAAGUAAUUGUACAGGAUCGAAUGGAUGCAGAAAUCGAGAAGCUGGAGGUAGUAUUCUCGGAUUUGCAUACAACCACUUGCGAGGAAAUCAAUCAACUUAUUGACAACGACAUCUACGAAAUUCUCGAAGAGUGUGCAGAAUAUUCUGCGACGGAGGCCAUGAGAAAGGUUACACUAGACUGGUGCCUAGUGCCUUGGAACACGCAUAAAUCGAUCAACAGAAACAUGGGGGAAUGGAUAAGCUCUAGGAGAGUUUGUUAUGACUGGAACGAAGAUUUGGCUGGCCUUUUCCUGGACCCACUCAUCAUGUCUUGGACUAAGACCUUCCAUACAAAACGCCCCGAACUACUUAAGAGAUAUGAGACACAAGUAGAUGAGCUUAUCGAGGCUUUUACGGAGUCGCUGUUGACUUCUGCUCGCGAUUUACACCCAGCAAUCGACGAAGCGCUUCAAUCUUUAAGGGAAAACAUUCUCGGUCUCCGCACUAUGCUUAAGGACGAAGCAGCUGCUAUCUUUGAAGGGAUCAACAAAGCAUCGAAGGAAGCUCACCGAACUGUAAAGCCUGCAGUCUUGGCUGCUUGGAGAGAUAUCUAUAAUCAGUGCGGAUGCGAGUGUGGAAAAGGAUUAUUUCACCGCAAUAAGAGAGCCCACAGAGAACAUGUGAAAGGCGAUGGAGGGAAGGCUAUGUACCAGAGUGCUGGAGAGGAAAUUCGCGAGACCCUUGAAGAGCUUCUGGAAAAGCUGCAAGAGAAGUUCGAUUCAAGUUACGAUGUUGUCGACACUCAACUCAGGGAAGAUCUUGUGGUUGUAGUCGAGAGACACAGUAUAAAACCAGUACAGACGACCCUUUCUCCAGAUGCUUCGCUUGCGAAGAAAAGAUUGCAACAAUCUCUCCAGCCUCAUUUUGAGGAGCUGGAAAAAGCUUGGGGAAUUGAGCCUGAGAUUGAGAAUACCGAAAAUGAUGCAUCCGAACCGAAAGAAACAGCGCCCACUUUGGAGGUUGAAGAUGAAGACAUAUUUGACUUCAAUGAGGAUGAUUGGCUCUGA